AUGAAGGGAAUCAGCGGCUCAGCACCGGUUGCCGUCGCUCUUUAUGCUUCAUCUGCUCUUGCACACAUCCUCCCUGCAGCUUUCUUGACACCCUUCUCCAAGCGAGCAACCUCCUUACCAGAAGUGACUGUCAAGGGCAAUGCUUUCUUCGCUGGCAGCUCGAGAUUCUACAUUCGUGGUGUUGAUUAUCAGCCCGGUGGUUCUUCAGAUGCUGUAGAUCCAAUCGCCGACACAGAAGUCUGCAAGCGCGAUAUUGCCGAAUUCCAGAAGCUGAAGAUCAACACCGUACGUAUCUACACCGUCGAUAACAGCAAGAGCCACGACGAGUGCAUGGACAUGCUGUCGCAAGCCGGUAUUUACUUGGCACUGGACGUCAACACGCCCAAGUACUCCAUUCGCCAGGACAAGCCUGCCCAAUCCUACAACUCCGCCUACCUCCAAAAUAUCUUCGCGACUAUUGAUGAGUUCGUGAAGUACAGCAACACUCUCCUGUUCUUCUCAGGAAACGAGGUCAUCAAUAAUGUCAAGACUUCAGUCGCAGCGCCCUAUGUCAAGGCCGUUACCCGUGACAUGAAGCAAUACAUCGGAAACAGAAAAUACCGCCCAGUCCCAGUUGGCUACUCUGCUGCCGAUAUUGACGACAACCGUCUUGAGGCUGCCCACUACUUCAACUGCGGGACCGAUGAUGAACGAUCUGACUUCUUCGCCUUUAACGAUUACUCCUGGUGUGACCCGUCUACCUUCAGCACCUCCACCUGGCAGCAGAAAGUCAAGGACUUCAGUGAUUACUCAAUCCCGAUCUUCCUUUCAGAAUAUGGCUGCACAAAGACCGACCGUAAGUUCGGAGAAAUCGCAACUCUUUACGGUACCCAAAUGUCUGCCGUCUAUUCUGGUGGCUUGGUGUACGAAUACAGUAAAGAGGGAUCCGAUAUCCAGGCGAAAUUCGGCCUCGUGGAUGUCACUGGGAGCAGCCCGCAGGAACUUGAUGAUUUCACGACCCUGGCCAACGCCUUCUCGAAGACGCCCAACCCAAGUGGUGAUGGUGGCUACAAGAUGAAUGGCCAGGCUAGCACCUGUCCAUCCCAGUCCUCCACUUGGUUGGUUGCAAAUGACGGCCUCCCUGCCAUGCCACCCAAGGCCUCAAACUACUUCAAGAAUGGUGCAGGUAAGGGUCUUGGUCUCACUGGACCUGGAUCACAAGACAAUGGUGCCGAAUCGACCGGUACUGCUUCCGCAGGGUCUGGCAAGGCUACUGCUUCUGGAACCUCAAGCAGCAGCAGUGGCAGCAGCGGCAAAUCAAGCAGCUCCAGCGCAAGCUCUGCCCUCAGGGUACCCGCAAUGGAGAUGGGUCCUUACGUCUGCGCCGGUGUUGUCUUCGUCUCUACGCUACUCGGUGCUGCACUGCUAUAA